AAGCUGUGGUGCCCGGAGGGAGAAGGCGUGAGUGCUUGAACUGUUGCGUGCUUGUGGACUUCCCGCCAGCUCCGCGGCCUCUCGGGCCAAGUGGGAGGCGGGUGGGCAGGUGGCCCCGGGCCGCAGCGUCCGCGCCUUGGCUGUACCCCGCAGCCCAGCGAGCCGCCGCUCCCUCGUGGUGUGAGGGCGGUGGUGUUUUUUCCUCCCACCCACUUUUGAGCAGCUCCUCUCCGCGCGCGCACUCCAGCUCUCGCCACAACCUGCGAACCCCAGACCUCUGAGGAGCGCCCCGGGGAGCCCAGAGCGCAAGCACGCGUGACAGACGGAGAAGACCAGCACCCAGUUUGAGUACACUACACCUUCGAGGUUCAGAGUUGCAUUUUGCAGUGGUCCCAAUGAGGAAAAAGUGGAAAACGGGAGGCAUGAAAUACAUCUUUUCCUUGUUGUUUUUCUUUCUUUUCAUAGAAGGAAGCAAAACAGAGCAAGUAAAACAUUCAGAGACAUACUGUAUGUUUCAAGAUAAGAAGUACAGAGUGGGUGAGAGAUGGCAUCCUUACCUGGAACCUUAUGGGUUGGUUUACUGUGUGAAUUGCAUCUGCUCAGAGAAUGGGAAUGUGCUUUGCAGCCGAGUCAGAUGUCCAAAUCUUCAUUGCCUCUCCCCUGUGCAUGUUCCACAUCUGUGCUGCCCUCGCUGCCCAGAAGACUCCUUACCCACAGUGAACAAUAAAGUGACCAGCAAGUCUUGUGAGUACAAUGGAACCACUUACCAACAUGGAGAGCUAUUCAUGGCCGAGGGGCUCUUUCAGAACCGGCAACCCAAUCAGUGCACCCAGUGCAGCUGCUCGGAAGGGAAUGUAUAUUGUGGUCUCAAGACUUGCCCCAAAUUAACCUGUGCAUUCCCAGUCUCUGUUCCAGAUUCCUGCUGCCGGGUAUGCAGAGGGGAUGGAGAAUUGUCGUGGGAACAUUCUGAUGGUGACAUCUUCCGGCAACCUGCCAGUAGAGAAGCAAGACACUCUUACCACCGCUCCCACUAUGAUCCUCCAACAAGCCGACAGGCAGGAGGGUUCCCCCGCUUUCCUGGGGCCAGAAGUCACCGGGGAGCUCUUGUGGACUCACAGCAAGCAUCAGGGACCAUCGUGCAGAUUGUCAUCAAUAAUAAACACAAGCAUGGACAAGUGUGUGUUUCCAAUGGAAAGACCUAUUCCCAUGGCGAAUCCUGGCACCCAAACCUCAGGGCAUUUGGCAUUGUGGAGUGUGUGCUGUGCACUUGUAAUGUCACCAAGCAAGAGUGUAAGAAAAUCCACUGCCCCAAUCGAUACCCCUGCAAGUAUCCUCAAAAAAUAGAUGGAAAGUGCUGCAAGGUGUGUCCAGGUAAAAAAGCAAAAGAAGAACUUCCAGGCCAAAGCUUUGAUAGUAAAGGCUACUUUUGCGGAGAAGAAACAAUGCCCGUGUAUGAGUCUGUAUUCAUGGAGGAUGGGGAGACUACCAGAAAAAUAGCACUGGAGACUGAAAGACCACCUCAGGUAGAGGUCCAUGUUUGGACCAUUCGAAAAGGCAUCCUCCAGCGCUUCCACAUUGAAAAGAUCUCGAAAAGAAUGUUUGAAGAACUCCAUCUCUUCAAACUGGUGACCAGGACAACCCUGAGACCAAUAGAAAAUAAAAUGAACAGUGCCAGUGGAAGAUAUUCACUGAAGGAGAAGCUCAGAUCAGCCAGAUGUGUUCAAGUCGUGUUUGCAGAACAGAGCUUGAAGAUUUGGUCAAAGUUUUGUACCUGGAGAGAUCUGAAAAGGGCCACUGUUAGGCAAGUCAGACAGUUAGAUAGGGUCAAGCAAGAAAACUCAAGCUGCAGCUGGACUGCCACCUUAUUUUGCUUAAAUCAAUAGUACCUUACAACCCCAAACUCAAAUGCAGUCAGUUAUUCACGCCAUGCAUAGCAUAACUUGCUGCUUUAUGUGGAGUGGUGUGUCAGCCCUUAACCAUCUCCUCUAAAGAGACUAAGAGAGUCUUAAAUGAUUUGUGGGAGGAAGAAGGAUAGAACACCACAACACAUCUCUAGUUUCUUGGAGAAUCACAUUUCUUUACAUGUUAAAGAGCAAACAAAACCCCAAGGUUUUAUUGAGAAAGUUAUUCAAAUGAAAGAAAGAGAAGGGAAUUGCUUAGUAGCUGUUCUGGAGAAUAGAGCAAUUAUUUGUAUGAAAUGAUAUUCUUUGAAUGUUAGAAUGUCUUUUGUUCUUUAAAAGAAAAUUAACUACCCAUCCUUGAGUGCAUGUGCACACACACACACACACACACACACACACAUAUACACACACACAUACAAAACUGCGGCCUCUGCACUGAGGCAAAGCCAGCCUAGAUUCUGCCCUUCUCUGCCUGAAAGACCUUGGAGGUUGUUGGUGCCCAGGAGAAUAAAUAAAGACUUCUAAACAAAAGCCUCUGUUCUUAGGCCUUUGACGUGGCUGUUGCACUCAGCAACUAUAGUGGCAGGGUGAAGAAUAAAAGCAGCAUUUCUGGCCUCAUUCACGUUAAAGUGGUGAAUAACUUUUCCCUAGUGAUACCCUUUCUUUUUUCUUCCUCAACCUAUGAAACCUCCACAAAUAACUCUGAAUUGGGUAAUAUUAUCAGAAACUGAAUCGAUAGUAAUUAUUGAAGAAAGGACUUGAUAAAAGUCAAAGAGGCCAUCUUAUUGUUUUCAUGGCAAUAAAAUUCACCAAUUAGUAGAUCAGUAUUCACUAAUUUUCUUGAGGUCAUACUUGUCUAGCCAGAAAAUUUAGGCUGAAUUAUUAAAUUCUAGGAGCCCCCUUAAAAGGGUGGUUUUCCUUCUUCAAGAGUUGAUUUUUACUGUGCAAAGAGGCUCUAUCUUCACGAGCUUCUGAAUUUUGGCUCUUCAGUUAAGAGAGUUGCUGUUCAUUUCAGGAGCUGAAACUUCUGAUAAACAUCUUUAUCCUAAACCUUUCUCUCAGUUUUGCCUUAUUCAGCCAGCAUGGAUUUGAAUCAGGGAUUCUAGAAAACACUGUUCAUAAAAUGUUUAUCUGCAGUCCAAUACUAGAGUAUAAAUGGUCAAUUUUCAGGUCUGGCUUUAGACAUCAUCUUUGUGGGAAAACUAAAUUUUCCUCAAAAAAGAUCUGGAUUUGUCCUCUCUGAGAGUCAUGAAUGAACUCUAGUGAGUACUAAGAAGCAUUGAGGACUCAGAAGUUCCAUAUUUGCCACUCUGAGAUGAUAUGUGAGAGAACAUGUUUUUCCUUAAUGUAUUUGACAAUGAUGGGGGAAAAUGUAAAAGGUCCAGUGUCAACAGCAAUCUGCCAUAAAAGAGUCUGUUUCCAUAAAAGAGACACAAGGGCCUCAUAGCCAGGAAUUCAUAGGACAAUCCUUUCACCAGCCCACCACACACAUUCUCCUCAAGAGAAGGAGGAAGGAAACCCUGGGCUGAAAAGUCACAGAGCAUAAUGAAAAGUAGGGGGGUCAUGGUGGUUAAGCAGCUGCUGGCUCCCUUUCAAAAGUGGCAGUCAUUUCCAGAGUAUAGAGACCAGUAACUGGAUCCUGAAGCAAAGUGGUGAUUCCACUUCUAGAUGCUUCACCCCAAAGCCUUCCCACCCAGGUGUUCUCUGAAUGCUCAGGCUUAGAGGAACACCCAGAAGCUUCCCUAGAUAGAUGCCUUCUCCUGGUCCUGGGGCACACCUUUCCAAAGUAUUGGGGGAAGCAGGAGCUGGUGAGCUGUGUCAGUGAACAUAGAAACCCUCCAGUGUUUGUUGUUUUGUAGAGAGUAGGUCUUAGGAAAAAUGCCAAGCCACCCGUAGUUAGUAGAGAAGAAUGGAUGUGGUUCUUUUUGUGUAUUUAUUUGUAUCAUAAACACUUGGAACAACAAAGACCAUAAGCACCAUUUCACAAUAAUAGCCAUUUUCUAGUUAACUCAUGUAAACAAGUAAGAGUAACAUAACAAUAUUACCUUCUCAUUCUGCUCAUAGGACAUGUACCUAAACAUGGUACUUAUUUAUGUAGUCACUGUAUUUCUGGAUUUUAAAUUAAUAAAAAUUUUAAUUUUGAAAA